GAGAAAGAAAUACUUUUUAAUGAGAAAGAAGGAUGGAAGCAAAUGUUUGAGACAGAAAAACAAGCCUUUGAAAACUUGAAGGUAAACCUGAAACAAGACAGAGAGGAUCUGGAUAGAAUGACUGAGAUGAUGAAGAAAGAGAAAGUGGAAUUGGAGCUGAUGAGGUCUGAUAUCCAGAAGCAGAUUAAUAAAUUACAACAAAAUAAAGAUGAUGAAGUACAAUUAAAGGAACCCAAGACAACAAGACUGAAACAAGAACAACAGACCAGUGAGAGCAUUGUACUGACAGAAAGAGAAGAAGUGGAACUUUUGAAGAAGGAUCUCAACAAGAAAAAGGAAGAAGUUGAAAUUGCCCUGAACAGCAUCAGGGGAGAGAGAGAACAAUUCAGUGAGAUGAAGAUGGGCAUUGAGAAAGAGAAAGAGAAACUUUUCACUGAGAAAGAACAAUGGAAAACAACAUUUGAGAUUGAAAAACAAGACCUUGAAAACUUGAAGGCAGUGCUGAUUCAAGACAGAGAGGAUCUGGAUAGAGUGAAUGAGAUGAUGAGAAAAGAGAAGAUGGACUUUGAGCUGAUGAGGUCUGAUAUUCCAAAGGAGAUUAUGACAUUAGAACAAGAUAAAGAUGAAAAAGUAGAACUGAAGGAACCCAAGAUCACAAGACUGACACAAGAACAGCAAACCAGUGAGAACAUUGUACUGGCAGAAAAAGAAGAAGUGGAACUUUUGAAGAAGGAUCUCAACAAGAAAAAGGAAGAAGUUGAAGCUGCUAUGAACAGCAUCAGGGGAGAGAGAGAACAAUUCAGUGAGAUGAAGAAGGGCAUUGAGAAAGAGAAAGAAAUACUUCUUAAUGAGAAAGAAGAAUGGAAGAGAACAUUUGAGAUGGAAAAACAAGACCUUGAAAACUUGAAGGCAGCGCUGAUUCAAGACAGAGAGGAUCUUGAUAGAAUGAAUGAGAUGAUGAGAAAGGAGAAGAUGGAAUUGGAGCUGAUGAGGUCUGAUAUUCCAAAGGAGAUUAUGACAUUAGAACAAGAUAAAGAUGAAAAAGUAGAACUGAAGGAAUCCAAGAUCACAAGACUGACACAAGAACAGCAAACCAGUGAGAGCAUUGUACUGACAGAAAGAGAAGAAGUGGAACGUUUGAAGAAGGAACUCAACAAGAAAAAGGAAGAAGUUGAAAUUGCCCUGAACAGCAUCAGGGGAGAGAGAGAACAAUUCAGUGAGAUGAAGAUGGACAUUGAGAAAGAGAAAGAAAUACUUCUUAAUGAGAAAGAAGAAUGGAAGAGAACAUUUGAGAUUGAAAAACAAGACCUUGAAAACUUGAAGGCAGCGCUGAUUCAAGACAGGGAGGAUCUUGAUAGAAUGAAUGAGAUGAUGAGAAAAGAGAAGAUGGAAUUGGAGCUGAUGAGGUCUGAUAUUCCAAAGGAGAUUAUGAUAUUAGAACAAGAUAAAGAUGAAAAAGUAGAACUGAAGGAAUCCAAGAUCACAAGACUGACACAAGAACAGCAAACCAGUGAGAGCAUUGUACUGGCAGAAAGAGAAGAAGUGGAACUUUUGAAGAAGGAUCUCAACAAGAAAAAGGAAGAAGUUGAAGCUGCCAUGAACAGCAUCAGGGGAGAGAGAGAACAACUCAGUCAGAUGAAAAUGGGCAUUGAGAGACAGAAAGAACUAGUUUUCAAUGAGAAAGAAGAAUGGAAAGGAACAUUUGAGAUGGAAAAACAAGACCUUGAAAACUUGAAGGCAGUGCUGAUUCAAGACAGAGAGGAUCUGGAUAGAAUGAAUGAGAUGAUGAGAAGAGAGAAGCUGGAAUUGGCGCUGAUGAUAUCUGAUAGUCCAAAGGAGAUUAGGACAUUAGAACGAGAUAAAGAUGAAGAAAAACAACUGAAGGAACCCAAGAUCACAAGACUGACACAAGAACAGCAAACCAGUGAGAGCAUUGUACUGGCAGAAAGAGAAGAAGUGGAACUUUUGAAGAAGGAUCUCAACAAGAAAAAGGAAGAAGUUGAAAUUGCCCUUAACAGCAUCAGGAGAGAGAGAGAACAGUUCAGUGAGAUGAAGAUGAGCAUUGAGAAAGAGAAAGAAAUACUUCUUAAUGAGAAAGAAGAAUGGAAGAGAACAUUUGAGAUGGAAAAACAAGACCUUGAAAACUUGAAGGCAGCGCUGAUUCAAGACAGAGAGGAUCUUGAUAGAAUGAAUGAGAUGAUGAGAAAAGAGAAGAUGGAAUUGGAGCUGAUGAGACAGAGUGGAUCUGGAUAG